CCCCCGGCUUUGUUCUCGAUCGCGAAAAGGGCGCCAUUGAAUUCGCCACGCUGACGGCGCCGAUCUUCUCCGGCGGGCAGGAGAUGAUUCUCUUGCAAUCGCCUUCCAGAUUUCUUCUCCAGAUCUUGCAGAAUCGCGUUCGCAACUUGGACAAAGGCAUCGAUCUCGAUUGUCACUCUGUUGAAUUUGAUGACGUUCGCUAUCAUAUUCAGGUUUCUAUGAAGGCCCCUCAAUCGAUGGUGCUGUCGAUGGCUUUGCCUGCUCCACCGCCCGAAGCCAUUUUUUAUGGCGGGCUUCCGUUUGGCGCCAUUGAAGCAAUCAAAGGGGCUUUUGGGAUGAUUGUUCAGAUCCUUGAUCCGCCAAAGGAUGGGUAUAACCUUACAAUGAAGAUCAAUUUGGGGAAACUUCCUCCAGAUGAAGAGAAGAAACAAGCUCUUUUGGUAAAAAUUGCAUCUGUUAGAGAAGUGGUUUUAGGAGCUCCACUGAGGGUGGUCUUAAAACAUCUUUCCUCGAGGACGGUUGCUUCAGAUGCAGAUGGUCCAAUUGCUCUUGUGCAUCGGCCAAAGGAGUCCUUUUUUCUUGUUCCCCAGGCCGAAAAGGUGACGGUCGUUUUCCCUAUGAGAUUCCAGGACUCAGUUGACAUUGUGUUAGCAACUUCCUUCUUGCAGGAAUUUGUGGAUGCCAGGCGUUCUCCUGGACUUAAUAAUGCUCCGCCUUGUAUGUGGUCACUAUCUCCACCCCUGGAAUUGAAAGGAGUUCCUCCCCAUGCAUUAACUGCAAAUGCUGGAUUUGUUAAAUUUGUUAUAUUCCCCCGCCAUGUUGAAGGACGCAAAUUGGAUAAAACUGUUUGGAGUUUAUCAACAUUUCAUGCUUAUGUCAGUUACCAUGUCAAGUGUUCAGAAGCUUUCAUGCAUACUAGGAUGAGGCGCCGUGUGGAGUCAUUGAUUCAGGCUUUGGACCGUGCAAAACCUGGCAAUGAAAAAUCAAAGUUGUUGCAAGGGAAAUCCUUCAAAAGACUGAGUUUGAAGGACAGGCAUAGCAACUCAAAUUCAUGAAGUCAAAGGUUAUGAAAGUGAGGAACCCUUGAUGCCUUCCUGUCUUUUGCUUAGCAGUAUCAACUUUAAAUUAUUUAGUUUGCUUAGGUGAUUAAAUUGUUUCUCUUAAUUAAUUUAUUUCAAUUAAACUUGUCUUUGAAUAAAGAUGUUGCCCUUUAAUUUUAUGAGAAAACUUAUUUAUGAGCUUGUCUUUGGAAAGCAGAAAUCCUAGCUUAUGAAAUAUGAUGGGAGCUUCUUGUAGGGAGAUCCCUUUGUAA